AUGGCGAAUUUUUGCUGCUCCAUUGAAACCGAGCCUCGGACCUUGAAUCAAGGGCAGCUCCGCCAUGCCAAGGAAGUUGCCAUUGACAUAGUUCAAAAGAAGGAAGCUGACGAAACCUCGAGCAUAUUCAUCGACGGAUUGAAACCAGUUGUUGCUAUCAAGGAGAUGGCAUUGGUGAUUUCUGAACCAAGGGAGAAGACCGAUCAGAUUGUGGAACCAUCUUGCCAAUGUUCAUUAAUUUCAGCUUCACUGCCCCAGACUUCACAUGCAGCUAAAGUGUCUGAAAAGAAGCGUUCAGGAAAAAGAUCUGAGGCACUAACCCCAGAGGAAUUGAAAAAUUGGGUUAAGGACCUUCCAGCGAUAUCCCAUAGGCUCGCUUAUAGUGAAAUAUUGGACUUGAAAAGGGAAAAUAGGCUUAAGCAUGUUAUAAAGCCACCGAAUGCUGAGUUGAAGCAGCGGCCCGAGGUGGUUCUGGCGGUCUUGGAGGAUAAUAAGGUUGUUAGGAUUGUCUUGCCUUCAAUUGAGAGCGAUCCGAGCUUCUGGGGACAAUGGGAUGAACUGAAGGUUGAUGGAAUUUGUGUUAAUGCUUAUAGUCCACCUCUGAGAAAACCUGAAAUACCAAGGCCUUAUCUUGGGUUCUUAUCGAAAAUUCCAAUAUGGAUGUUUUCAUUGGUUAAGCCAAAGCCUCAGUCGAAGAAGGCAUUGGAGUUGAAGAAAGUGAGAGAGGAGUUUAAACAGAGGAAGAAUGAGGAACUGCAAAAAUAUAGGGAAGAAAGGGAGAUGAUGGAAAAAGCCAUAAAAAUGCAGAAGAAAAUAGAGGAGAAGAAAAAUAGGCAGGAGAUGAAGAAGAUAAAGUAUGAGGAGUCCUUGCGCCAGGCACGUAGGAGUUCGCAGGACAUGGCAAUUAUGUGGCAGAAAUUAGCUAGUGAUUCCAAUGUUGCCACGGCUCUUGGGUUGGUUUUCUUCUAUAUAUUUUACCGCACAGUUGUUCUUAGUUAUAGGAAGCAGAAGAAGGAUUAUGAGGAUAGAUUGAAGAUAGAGAAGGCAGAGGCUGAGGAGAAGAAGAAGAUGAGGGAGCUGGAGAGGGAAAUGGCAGGGAUUGAGGAUGAUGAUGAUGAGGAGGAGGAAGAAGGAGGAAAGGCUGGGGACAAUCCUUACAUGAAAAUGGCACAACAAUUCAUGAAGUCUGGUGCACGCGUUCGGAGGGCGCACAACAAGAGACUUCCACAGUAUUUGGAAAGAGGGGUGGAUGUUAAAUUCUCAGAUGUUGCUGGGCUUGGUAAAAUCCGUCUCGAGCUUGAGGAGAUUGUGAAGUUCUUCACCCACGGGGAAAUGUACCGCAGGCGUGGAGUCAAAAUACCAGGUGGUAUACUUCUUUGUGGUCCCCCUGGGGUGGGAAAGACAUUGUUAGCAAAAGCUGUGGCUGGUGAGGCUGGGGUGAAUUUCUUCUCCAUUUCUGCAUCUCAGUUUGUCGAAAUAUAUGUUGGGGUUGGUGCUUCUCGUGUUAGAGCACUCUACCAAGAAGCGAGGGAAAAUGCUCCAUCCGUUGUCUUCAUUGAUGAGCUGGAUGCUGUUGGAAGGGAACGUGGUUUGAUUAAGGGAUCUGGUGGACAGGAACGGGAUGCUACUUUAAAUCAGCUUCUAGUCUGUCUGGAUGGGUUUGAAGGAAGAGGUGAAGUGAUUACUAUUGCUUCCACAAACAGGCCUGACAUUUUAGAUCCAGCACUUGUAAGACCAGGAAGGUUUGAUCGGAAAAUAUAUAUUCCAAAACCUGGCCUUAUAGGACGCAUUGAAAUUUUAAAGGUCCAUGCUAGAAAGAAGCCAAUGGCACCAGAUGUGGACUAUAUGGCUGUUGCCACUAUGACUGAUGGAAUGGUUGGUGCGGAGCUAGCCAACAUCAUUGAGGUCGCUGCUAUUUAUAUGAUGCGUGAUGGAAGAACCGAGAUUACAACUGAUGACUUGUUACAAGCUGCGCAAAUAGAAGAACGAGGAAUGCUUGAUAAAAAAGAUAGGAGCCCUGAGACGUGGAAGCAAGUAGCUAUUAAUGAAGCAGCAAUGGCUGUUGUGGCUGUGAACUUCCCUGAUCUUAGGAAUAUUGAAUUCGUCACAAUUGCUCCAAGAGCUGGAAGGGAAUUGGGCUAUGUACGUAUGAAAAUGGACCAUGUGAAAUUCAAGGAAGGAAUGUUGAGUCGGCAAUCUCUCCUGGAUCACAUUACAGUCCAACUAGCACCACGAGCAGCUGAUGAGCUGUGUUAUGGAGAGGGUCAGUUGAGUACGAUAUGGGCAGAGACUGCAGACAAUGCUAGGUCAGCUGCACGGACUUUGGUUCUUGGUGGCCUUUCUGAGAAACAUUAUGGUCUGAACAACUUCUGGACUGCAGAGAGGAUAAAUGAUAUUGAUACAGAGGCAUUGCGGAUCCUAAAUAUGUGUUAUGAUCGUGCAAAAAAGAUUCUUCAGCAAAAUCGAGAACUUAUGGAUGCUGUUGUCAAUAAUCUCGUCCAGAAAAAGAGUUUGACCAAGCAAGAAUUCUUCAACUUAGUCGAGUUGCACGGACAAGAAAGUAGUUCUGGAGGAAAGCAUAUGAGUACCAUGCUUGAAGACAGUCUAUCAGGCAAGAAGAGCAUAUUUUGCGUCCCUUUGUCAUGGAAUUUCCUUUGUAUUAUUGAAGAUGGUGUAACCAAUUGA